UUCAAGGCGUGGUGAGCCAGCUCACAACACAUGACAUAAACAAUGGCGGAUGCCCCGAAUAGGCAAGUGUUGUAGUGGUUCCGCUUCGGAUGCUUUUUGUCUCCCUCCGAGAACCCAUCAUUUGGAUUCGAGGGAAGACAAAUAAUAAGCAAUAGAUGGUCGCGACAAUAAUCCUCCGGGCCAUUGUCGGACCCUCCAUAUAACCCGAAGGUAUAAGACUGACGCCUCACAGCGGAUCCCAGGGCUGCUCAACACUCGUGCCAUUCCCCCUGCGUACCUAUUCUCUUGCGCUCACUACACCCUUGUGCUCUGGGAGCAUUACAGGCUAUUCGAUCCUUUCAUCGUCUGUGACAUAUUGGCAACAUAAAUUUCUCUGAACCCUUGUUUCAUCCUUCUUGCAAUGCACGCUGCCGCACCCUCUUGCAAUGCCUUGUUUUACCCCACGGAUUCGUUGUAUGUGGAGGUCAGACCAACACGAAAGACCCGCACUUCGUGUACUAAAUACAUCGAACGCCAGGUGAUCCGAGCAUGGAAACGCAUGACUGGUGUCACUCGCAGAUCCCAACGCUCCUCCUUCCUCCCUAAUGGUUUUAUCCUCGUCACUUCCCGUCGCCGCAGCGUGAUGUUUGCAUAAUCGAAAAACACGGUCAAUGCAACAGAGAUUUACUAUAUGCUCGGACGUACUAGCAACAAGCGCAGUGCGCUUACCAGGACAUUUUCUUUCUUACGCUUUCAUCUACCCCAUAGACGAUGUUUUUCUUAAUUGUCACAAUUGUUUCCUUAGGACUUUCUAGACUCCCAGACUCUCUUGUACUCUGUACCAUGGACACCGCUUACUAUAGCAAUAAUAUAAUAACGUGUAUCCUCGUUCCAGUUUUCUAGAAAAUCACGGCUCAUGAGCGGAGAUCUCAGGAACUACAGAAUCAUACCUUCGACGUAUUAGAAGGGUGAGAUUCAGUCAAAUCCAUUCGGUGGACCAACCGUACCUCAGAACAGAGUCUCUUGGA